AUGGGGCUGCGUGUGCUACCACCGCGGCUCCUGCUGCUGUCGGCGCUGCUGCUGCCGGCGCGGCUGUUCGGAGCCGCGGACGCCACGCCCGCGUCGCUGCGCCGCACGCAGGCCACGCUCUUGCCGCACCCCGCUGUGACGAACGGGAGCCAGCCGGGCGCGCCGCACAACAGCACACACCCUUGGCCGCUGGGCUCGCCGGACUCGCCGCUUCUGCGUUCCCUCUACGUGGUCACGGGCCUCAUCGUCCUGGCCGUGCUCUACUUCCUCAUCCGGGCAUUCAGAUUGAAAAAGCCGCAGCGGAGGAGAUACGGGCUCCUGGCCAACACCGAGGACCCCACCGAGAUGGCAUCGCUGGACAGCGACGAGGAGACGGUCUUUGAAACAAGGAACCUGAGAUGCCUGAGGUCUCCCGGGCCGCUGGCCGGAGGCACCGAGGCCGUGUCGUUAGCAGGAGCUGUCAUUAGGAGGAGCUGCCUGCCGCCAGGUGGCAGCCUUGUGCUGCUCGGCCUCUACCAUGCUGGCUUGUGGUCUCGGGGUGGCCUGAGGCAAACCGUUGUACAGGUGCGGAAGUACUUCGAAACCCAUCAGCCCCUGCGGCCCGUCUACCUUGCCGUCCUGCUGAUCCUCCUGGCCCGGCCUGAGCCUGGGUUCCUGUGGAAGAGCUGUCAUGCUCUGAGCGAUUUCUCGAGCUUCAAAGGCCCAUUAAUUACUCUAAUGAGGUCAGGAGAGACCCGGCGCUCUGCCAUCCGGAGGCGGGAACACACCGCGUGCCCCCGCAGCCCCGCGCCUCCUGCCCGCCCCCCUCGGGUUGGGGGGGAGCCCCGCCCGCUUCCCGGCCCCUGCACCUGUCAGCGCCGUCCGCGCGCGCACCGCGCCCCCGGCGUUAGUGCCGAGUAA